AUGCGGCGCGGGCUCGCGAUGCUGGCCUUCUGCGCAUCAACGCUGGCCUUCGCGCCGGUGCAUCGUCAGCCAUCGAUGUCCACGCUCGGCGCGUCCAUGAACGUCAACGACAUCGUCGACAAGGCCUACGAAGGGAAGAGCUUCGCGGAGCUCGCGGCGUCGCCGGUGUCGGCGCUGCAGGGGAUGGCCGACUGGACCGACGCCGUGGGGGCGGACCUGAAGAUCCCGACCGUCGGGCAGCUGGGUCGCUGGAAGUAUUUCCUCUGGGCGCGCGCGUUCGCGGACCUGGCCGAGCACGAGAUGCCGGACCGCCGCGUCGACGGCUCGACGCUCAACGCGAACAAGGCCCUGGACGAGGCGCACGAGGGCAAGACGAUCAAGGAGAUCCUCGCGCUGCCGCCGUCCGCGCUCCAGGGCAUCGCGGAGCAUUCGGACGCGGACCUCGCCAAAUUCAAGGUGCGGACGGUCGCGGACCUCGGCGCCUGGAAGUUCGCCAUCGCCGCGAGCGCCAUCGCGACGCUCGCCGAAGUGGAGUCCGGCGACCUCGGCGAGCACCGGUGA